AAUUCUCUUCAUUUACUAAUUUAAAUGAAAGUUGAUUUGAAGGAAUAAUGUUUUGAGAAUAUUAGAAUUAAAAAUAUUUCCUUAAUAGGAGCUAACCUGGUAAGAUGUGACUUAAGUGGAUCCGAACUGGACAACGUCAUUAUUAGUGGAGUGAAUUUGAAUUAAGCCAAAUUAUUUAAUUGUAGGUGGGGAAAUAUAGGUUUGCAUGAGGGAAUUAAUUUGCUUUUUCCAGAUGGUAAGACAAUAGUUUCUUGUAGUAAUGAUAAAUCUAUUCGUUUGUGGGAUGUGAAAAAAGGAAAAAUAAAGUCUAUAAGAAGAGUAAAGAGAGAGGGAAAUCCGUAUGUAUCUCACCUAAGAAUACUACAUUAGCAUUCAGCGGAAGAGAAUUUUUGGAAAUAAAUAUCAAAAUUAAUUAGUCAUAAUAAUGAUGUUAAUUCAGUCUGUUUCUCUCCUAAAGGUACUACAAUAGUAUCUGGUAGUGAUGAUGCUUCCAUCCGAUUAUUGGAUGUUAUGACAAGAUAAUAACAAGGCAAAUUAGAUGGUCAUUCAAAUUAUGUCAUAUCAGUCUGUUUCUCUCCUGAUGGUGCGACGAUAGCAUCUGGCAAUGUAGAUGAAUCUAUCCGUUUAUGGGAUGUAAUGACAGGAUAAUAAAAAGCCAAAUUAGAUGGUCAUGAGGAUUGCGUAUAUACAGUUUGUUUCUCUCCUGAUGGUAAAACAAUAGCAUCUGGUAGUAAUGAUGCUUCUAUCCGAUUAUGGGAUGUAAAAACAGGAUAAUAAUAAGCCAAAUUGAAUGAUCAUUCAGAAGCUGUUUAUUCAAUCUAUUUCUCUCCUGAUGGUACUACGUUAGCAUCUGGUAGUUCAGAUAAGUCUAUCCUACUAUGGGAUGUUAAGACAGGAUAAUAUAUCUUAUCUUCAGAUAAUCGUUAUAAAGAUGUUCUAGCUUAAUUUUAAACUUCAACAAUUCUUAAUUAAGUUCUCUAGAAACGGUAUUUUUUUUAACCAUACUAUAGCAAUUUCUAAUAUUAUAAUUUUGGUAAUUUCUUAAAAUCCCAAUUUAGAAGCUUAAGGAGCUUUAAUCUUGAAAGGAGAAAUUUGCCAAUUAUUAGGGUAUUGAUUUGCGAUAAUUAUUUGAAUCUAAAGGCAGCUGCAUUUUGGAAUCUAUAUAAGGAGGGAAUGUAUUACAAUUUAAAUACAUUCUAAAUAUCUCCUAAAAUUGUUAAUUAAUCUGGACUUUCCUUUCUUAAUUUUUCUGCUUGUUCAUUUCCACAAUCAAAAAUCAUGAAUCAAUUAAAAGGUUUGUCUGAAUUUGUUAUUUUUUCUUUGUCUACUAAUUAUGAAAAAUAUCAAUAUUGA